AUGAAGAAUGAUAAGAGAAGGGUCAGAGCUGCUUGUAUACAUGGAGGCUUCAUGCCUGGAAAAGAAGUGCAAAAAGCCAAGGCAAAGGCAAGAAAAGCAGCUAAGAAAAAGGCAAAGUUAGAGGCUGCUAAAGAAGCUAAUGAAAAUGACAAAGUUAAAAUGGUAACAGCAACAAAUGAGGCUCUUCCUGAAGGUGAGAAAGACAAUGAUGGAGCUACUACCAUUGAGGUAGAAGGACAAGCUAAUGCAGCAGAUAAUAAAAAAUGUGGAAAUGAAGGUGGAUAUCAAAUAAAGACCUACAACCCCACUCAUACUUGUAGAAGAGAGUUUGGCAAUAAUAUGACAGAUCAAAAUUGGGUAGCAAAGAAGCUAGAAAAGAGAUUGUUGAGUCAGCCACGGUUGACACAUGCAGAGGCAUGGGAUCACAUGAAGGUUGAUUACAAUGUGAUACUCAGUGACAAAAUGCUGUACAGAGGACUUCGGAUGGCUAGGAAAAAGUAUGUUGGUAACGAGAAGGCGCAAUAUGGCAAGCUGCGUGACUAUCUGAAUGAGAUACACAGGAGCAAUGAAGGUUCAUCUGCACUGUUGGCAGUGGAGCCUAUACCUCAAUCUCCUCCAUUAUUUGAUAAAUUGUAUAUUUGCUUAGAUGCCUGUAAAAGGGGGUUUAAGGCUGGAUGUCGCCCCUUGAUAGGUUUAGAUGGAUGCUUCCUGAAGGGUUUUUAUGGGGGACAAUUAUUGUCAGCUGUAGGACAGGACGUGAACAAUCAUUUUUAUGUGAUUGCGUAUGCAGUAGUUGACAUUAAGACAAAGGCAAGUUGAAAAUGGUUUCUGGAAUUGUUACAGGAUGAUCUUGGGCAAUGCACUUUUGAUGGUUGGAACUUCAUAAGCGAUCAACAGAAGGGUCUUUUGCCAGCACUAAAGGAGGUUAUGCCUAACGCACAUCACAGAAACUGCAUUAGGCACAUUUGGAAGAAUUUCACAAACAAAUACAAGGAUACACAGCUUAAGAAUGUG